UGUGUGUGUUAUUUAUAUUUCAAAGUAUAAGUCGUAUGCCGUUUAUGCGAUGUAAACAAACUGGAACGCAUUAACUUACUUUGCCCAAUCAACGUGCUAGUUUGCUAACAUUACAGUAGUAUUGCUGUAGCUGGCAUUUAACUUACUGUAGCUAUGGGACUUAAUGCCAGUCAACAAAAGACAAGAGAAGUAAUACACAGUGUUGUUUUCUAAACUUGCAUCGUUAUACGCCAAAUUGCCUGCAUAAAGGCCCGUUCACACCAAGUACGAUAACUAUAAAGAUAACGAUAAAGAUAUAGUUCUAGAAAUGUGUUGGAAGAAGAAGAGGAAGAGGACAGUGACUCACAAUUACUUGAACAACCCCAUGACUCUACAUAUAACAUGGAGUCUGUGGUAACAGAGGAAUCUGAAUUGUUGUUAGGCCCCCUAGGACAGUACAGUGUUUCCAAAUACAUUGUGUUUGAAAGCUGCCUGCGAGAAUUGUUUGAUACCUGCCCAUUUUGCAAGAGCAAGUGUUCUGUCCAGAGCAGACGAAUGGGUACAUUUGUGGCAUUCACUCAACUCUGUGAAAAAUGUAACUACGACAUACAGUGGCAGAGCCAACUGUAUCCACCAGUAAAAUAUGAUCCACCAGUAAAAUAUGAAACUGCAGACAACUGCAGCUACAUAUUUUACUGGUGGAUCAUUCGUUCGACUACAAAAGGUAUCUUUUAUUUUCAUUGUUAUCAAAUGUAUAUGUACAUUUAUUUAUUUAUUUCUCAUUAUUUUGAUUUUAUAGAUUUUCAAGGCCAUGCAGCUGGAGAUAUUCCAGUAUGACACAUUUAGGAGACAUGCCAGGACCUUUUUAGAGCCUACUAUCAUACACAAAUGGAACACAGAUCAGCUAAAUCUAGUUCACCAGCUACAGCAGAUGGAGAAGGUAGCAGUUGCUGGGAAUAUGUGAGCUGACACACCAGGACACUCUGCAAAAUAUGGAAGCUACACCUUAAUGCUCUUGGACAGCAACACAAUUCUUGAUCUUCAACUCAUUCAGAGCAAUGAGGUAGGUGGUAGUUACCACAUGGAGAAGGAGGGGUUAAAACGUUCCCUUGACAAACUGGAGUCAAAUGGCUUGGCUGUGGACUACAUUGUGACAGAUCGUCAUCCACAAAAUCAGAAAUUUCUACGUUCUACUCAGUUUUUGGAUAUAUGGCAUUUUAAGAAAGGUUUGACCAAGAAACUUGUAAAAUUGUCACAAAGAAAGGAUUGUAAGGUCCUGAAAAAGUGGCUGUGCAGCAUUAAAAACCAUGAGUACUGGAGUGCAAAAUCUUCAACAUCUGGGCCAGAGAGGACCUCAGUUCUUAAUCACCUUCAAAAUGUACACAUCCACGAAAAUCCCCUCUUCUCCAAAUGUGCCCAUGCAGAUACAGUAUCCAGGGAUGCAAAGAAAUGGUUCCAACAAGGGUCAAUAGCAUUUCAUAAAGUGGAAAAGAUCCUGAACAACAAGAGAGUUGUCAAGGAUGUGGAGAAACUCAGUCGCCACUACCAAACCUCAUCUCUAGAGGACUUCCACAGCCUAAUCUUGCAGUUUGCGCCCAAGAAUGUGGUUUUCACAUUUAUGGGAAUGUUGUGCAGAUUAUACCUUGCGGCGAUGCACUACAAUGAAAAUGAUGACAGAGAACAAGCCACAACAUCAUCUGGACAAGCUGUUUACAAAGUCAUUUUCCUCAAAUCGAAAAAGGUUGAAUGCACAGCAAAGCCAGUGAAAACUGAGCCACUGAGUCCAGUAUGCUGUAAAAUAACUUUUAUUUAUGAAUGAAGAGCAAUACAUAAAUACAUAUUAAUAAAUGGAUAUAUAUGACAAUACUGCAAUGUAAAUAAAAGAGGUAGACUGCUGAACGUUAACUUAGUAGCACAAAUUGGUGAAUUGCUGUAUUCACUGUUGUUACAGACUAUGUGAGUGACCUUAUGAGGCUCCUGCUUAAAUCAUAUGUUACGAUUCCAAUUUUUCCUUUCUCUUCGGAGUGUUACAAACUCUUGGUGCAUAAAGAAGAUCUGUAAAGUUGCAAAGACUAAAGUCUCAAAUCCAAAGAGAUAUUCUUUAUAAAAGUUAAGGGU